AUGUUCUCAGGAAUCUUAGCCAAUCAAGCGCCGCCUAAACAAACGGCGGCAGCAACUAUCGCCACAUUAUGUGACCGAUUGCUCCAUGCAACUUUGCUGGAGGAUCGUAGGGCUGCUGUUCAGGGACUCAGGAGUUUCACCAGAGAGUACAGGGAAUCAGUUGCGUCAGGGGGGUUGCGAGGGCUCAUCGGGACCCUUGCCAAGGAUAUUGAAGAUGUCGACACCGUAAAAGUUGUUCUCGAAACGCUCAUCAAUCUAUUUGCCAGCGAUAGUCAGAACUCCGAUACACCCGACGAUAUCGCCCUUUGGCUCACAGACGAGUUUACCCAGAAACAAGAAAACAUCAAUCUUCUUAUCGAUUUACUAGACAAGAGCGACUUUUAUGAACGCCUUUACGCCCUGAGAAUCUUAGUCGCACUUCUCAGAAACAGGCCGGACCGAGCUCGUGAUUGCAUUUACACCGCCCCUGCAGGCAUUGAAAGGCUAAUCGCGACCCUAGACGACGGAAGGGAGAUAAUCCGAAACGAGGGGGUCCAGCUCUUGAUCGCUCUGACAGAGGAUCAUGUGGAAAUUCAGAAGUUGGUUGGAAACCUAGGCGCCUUCGAAAAGACCUUUAGGAUCAUUGCUCUCGAGGGGGGGCUAGCUGGAGGUUACCUGGUCCAAGAUUGCCUGCGACUACUCACAAAUCUCCUUGCCUUCAAUGUUUCCAAUCAAAAUUAUUUCCGGGAGACAAGCGUACCCGAGCUUGUCAAGUUGUUCGGGGAUGAUAUGACUGCUCAUGACAGCCCCUCAGAAAGUUCAAUGAAAAAUAUCGUCAAUCUUCUAAAUCUAUGCAAGGUCUUUGUCACAUUCACCGGCCUCGCGACAGAAAGGAACCAGAGCGCUUUCUGGAAAGCAAAACUGACUCGUAGGAUCAUCGACCUGGCAUUUUCCCCAGCAUUAGUGCCCGAAGUCAGAGCAGAGGCUCUCUCCACGAUCGGUGAUAUGAUACGGGGUAACCCGAUCAUACAAGAGGGCUUUGCGAUGGAGCAAGUCAACGCCUUAACCCUUCCAGGCUAUGCUAGUUGGGAACCCGCUACAAAGGGAGAGGAGCCUACCGCCUAUAUUAUAGACGCUUUGUUGGAUCUAGCCCUCCUUGAUAGUGACUUCUCGGCUUUUAAUCUCAGGAUGGCUGCUGUCAGUUGCAUUGAGGGCUACGUAGCUAACAAUCCAGCAACCCUUCUGCACUUCUUAGACAGAGCGGUAAUGGGGUUUGCUAGCGGGGAAGAGCUAGAUAGUGACUCUCGGGCCGAUCCCUACCGGACUUGGUUCUCUGGGGCUAUUUUCAUGACCCUCAUUUCCGAAAACCAGGAGGCUCGAGAUAUCGCCAUGAAGUUAACCAGCGGUGAUGUCGAGUCUGGAGAGGAAGUAGUAACCGCCAUACAAACAUUUUCUGGAAACCUAGUUGCCGCGCUGGACCACAGCCUAGAUCCAAGAAUAUGUUUAACAUUCUUGAUGGCUCUGUCCGUCUGGCUUUACGAGAACCCACUCGCUGUCAAUGACUUUUUAAACGAAGGCGCAACAAUUGAGAGUUUGUUGAGGAUAGUCAAUGACCAGAGCAAUAAGGAUGUGCUUCUACAAGGCAUGUGUACGUUUUUAAUCGGCGUGGUGUACGAGUUUAGCAGUGCAGACUCACCUCUGUCUCGGGAUGCUCUCAAGGAUCGUAUCGUGGCCCGAAUAAAGAAAGACCAGUACUUCUACAAGCUUCACAAACUUAGACAACACCCUGCAGUCCGGGACUUUGAAGUCACAGCGAACUUACCUCAUGGAAAGGGACUCCCCAACGUCUAUUUUACAAACGGUUUUAUCGAGUUCUUCAAAGAUAAUUAUAGCCACAUAUUAAGAUCCUACCCCGGAGAACCGUUAGGGCAUCAUGCAAACGGGGCACCUAAUACGGGGUCUAUGGAAUUACUCCGAACUGCAACUACCCAAUUGGAAGCCAAGGAGGAGGAGCUCAUCGCACUGCAAGAUGCCCAUACGAAGCUCAAGCACCAGCUAGCUCAAGAGCAAGAGGAUUCCAGACGGUUCAAAGAUCUCACGGUCCAAAGGAUUAAAGAUGUUGCUGCCCGUGAAAUUGCAAACGCAAGGGAUGAAGCACAGCACACCCAAGAACAAGCGGAAGCUGACAUAGCAGCGGAGCGGGAGGCACACCGCUCUGAAAUGCAAGAAUUAACUCUGCGAACCGACGCUGCUUUAAGAGAAUCUCGGGCUGCAACCGAUAAAGUUAUGAAGGAGACCUCUGUUGUCAUUUCGAGAUUAGAGGCGCGUAUCUCUCAGCUAGAAACAGAACUCAGCGUCCUCCGGGACGAAAAGGCCGCGCAUAUCUCUCACCUUGAACAGCAAUUAAGGGCUCUCCACGAUGAAAAGGAAACCAAUGUUUCCCAACUCGAGAAAGGGCUGGGCGCUCUUCGCGACGAAAAGGCUGGUCUGGAGAAACAAACAAACGACAUGAAGGGUACGAUUUUAAAAUUGGAAUCGCAACUAAACGACCAGUUUGACAACUCGAAGAAACAACAGUCCCGCCAUGAGUCAGAACUUGAAGUUCAAAGAAAAUCUUCAGAAAAGAAAAUCGCAGAUAUUAAGAAGGAGUUGGAAGAACGACUUCUAGCAGCCACCAAGUCUGCUAGUGAGUCGAAAAAACGCGCGGAGAAGGCUGAAGCCGAAGUAGCAAAUGUGAAGGAAACAGCUGAGAAGGAAAGCAAAGAAGCUGAAGAAAGCGCGGCGGCUACGCAAGGGGAGCUAGACGACCUUAUGUUAAUUAUGGCAGAUCUUGAAGAAAACGUGAAGAAAUAUAAGCUCCGACUAAAGAAGCUGGGUGAGGAAGUAACAGAUGACGAAGGUGAUGAGGAGGAUGAGGAUGAGGACAAGUAG